CGGGGAAGUGAGGGAGAAAGGCGGGAUAACGACGGAGAAAGGCUUGAAAACGGCGGAGAAAGGCGGGAAGGCUAGGGAAAAAAAAAGGCUUGAAAACGGCGGCGAAAGGCGGGAAAGCGAGGGAGAAAAGCUUGAAAACGGCGGAGAAAGGGGGAAAACAGGGGGAGACAACAGCCGUUACCUCGAAAGAUGACCUCCUUACCGAACCGUGCGGAUCUAGAGAGUAUAGCAUACAGAUCGACGAAUGAUAAGAUCGCGACGCUUGUCACGUCAGCGGAGGAGUUUGGGUAUCGUCGUGAGGACAAGUCUCCUCUUGUUAGUGUGCCUGACAAGAGGGGACUGCGAAAGCUGUGGGCGUUCGUCGGCCCUGGGUUUCUUGUAGCCAUAGCCUACAUAGACCCGGGCAACUUCGAGAGCGAUUUGCAAGCUGGCGCUAACUUCAAGUUCCAACUAUUAUGGGUGCUGAUGUGCGCUUCGAUAGCUGGGUUAAUCAUCCAGUCGUUGGCAGCGAACUUAGGCGUCGUGACAGGUAAGCAUUUGGCUGAACACUGCCGAUCAGAGUAUCCUAAGCCAGUCAAUCUAGGGUUAUGGGUGGUGGCUGAGCUGGCGAUCGUUGCCAGCGAUAUCCCCGAGGUGAUUGGAAUGGCGUUCGCGCUAAACAUGCUGUUUUCUUGCCCAAUUUGGGUAGGAGUGUUGAUCACAGGUCUAAGUACUCUUCUGCUUCUCACGCUGCAGAAGUAUGGUGUGAGGAAACUAGAGUCGUUCGUCUCGAUCUUGGUCUUCUUGAUUGCCGUCUGCUUUCUUGUAGAGGUCGGGUACGCGAAGCCCGACGCGGGCGAAGUGUUGAAGGGUUUGUUCGUGCCUUCGCUCGGUUCUAGAGCGGCAGUCGGGAUCGCGAUCUCGCUGGUCGGCGCCGUGGUCAUGCCGCACAACCUUUACCUUCACUCCGCGCUCGUCCUCAGCCGCGAUGUCCCCAAGACGAAGAGCUCGAUCGAGGAUGCCUGUAGGUACAACUUCAUGGAGUGUGGUUUCGCCUUGAUUCUCGCCUUCGUCAUCAACGUGUCUGUGAUCUCCGUCAGCGGCGCAAUCUGCCAUAGCGCCAACCUAAGUGCUGCGGACGGGCUGAAGUGUGAGCACCUUCAUCUGUACGAGACCCCGCUUCUUCUGCGGAACACCCUGGGCGCAUGGAGUGACAAGAUCUUCGCCCUGGCGCUGCUUGCCUCAGGUCAGACUUCCACUGUCACGGGGACUUUCGCCGGGCAAUACGUAAUGCAGGGAUUUCUCGACUUGAGGAUGCAGCCUUUCGCUCGAAAUUUGCUGACGAGAUCGGUGGCCAUAGUGCCCAGCUUGGUCGUGGUAUUCAUCGGCGGCUCUCACGGCGCCGGAAGAUUGAUCAUCGCCUCUUCCAUCAUCUUGUCUUUCGAAUUGCCCUUCGCGUUAUUGCCUUUGCUGAAAUUCACCAGCAGUCCCGUCAAGAUGGGACCUUUCGUGAACCACGUGGCAAUCAACGUCGCCACGUGGAUCGUUGGGUUCUUUGUCAUGUCCGUCAACAUUUAUUUCCUUUGUAGCGAGUUGGUCAAUUUCCUUCGCACGGCGCCUUGGCCCCAUUGGGUCGUCAUGAUGUGCGGAGUUUUAGGGUUUCUGGCUAUUGUCUGUUACUUUCUAUGCAUUGUGUAUCUAGCGCUGAGGAGUGACAGCACGGUGACCUACUCCGCGCCGAGCCUCGAAAAUCCCGAGGCGGGGAUAGUCGGACUGCCGACUACCGAGUUGGAGGAUGUGGAAGAGGACUUCUUGUAUUAUGGUAGUGACGGUAGAACGAUCACGGGAGCCAGCCCUAGAGUCCUUAACUCCCCCGCUGCAAUCAGCGACAAGGGUGAGGCCCAUUUCCACACCGGCAUUCCCAAGGCUGCAUAGGGAAGGGUAAAAAUAUACUCAUCGAGAUGGUAGGGGUGUAUAUUUCACACUACUAGGCGUAGUAGAAGUCUCUCUCUCUCUCUCUCUCUGUGUGAUGAAUCUGUCUCGGAUUGCUUAGUCUUCUCUGACAUUGUUCGAUGAACCAAUCAGCCAAUUGUGGUAUCAGUUGCGCAAUCAAUCUGUAGAUCGAUC